AUGCCGUACAACCUGUCCUACAUUGAGCACAUCUUCGAAAUUUCCCGGCGCCCGGACCUGCUGACCCGCGUGAUCGAGUACCGGACCACCGUGCUGAAGAUCUCCGAGGACGACGAGAUCGACACCAAGCUGACACGCAUUCCCUCGGCGAAGAAAUACAAAGAUAUCAUCCGCCAGCCCUCGGAAGAAGAGAUCAUCAAGCUCGCCCCGCCCCCCAAGAAAGUCUGAGGUUGAAGUCGAGGACGACUGCGCCGCAGAAACCCCGCCCCUUCCCCCUUUGCCCCUCCCACGUCCUUCACCGCUGACAUACAACACCGACGCACUAGCAGCCUCCCGACCAGUCAAUCGAAUCCCACGAUGCCUGACAAGUCCCGCCUCUCCUCUGAUAAAUAAGACCUGGCAGCGAGAGAGGGAGAUGGAGAGGGAAUUCUUCCUUGAAGAGUCUGCCGUUUAACUGGCCCUCCGACAAGCUGAGCGUGUUUCGAAAUGGCGUAACCUGUUACUCCCCCAGCAGUGCGAAAGAGCUUCAAUAUAGUUUGCUCCACAUGCCAAGUGAUUAGUCAGGGGUUGAACAAAAGUCAUGGUACAUUACUUAUCAUUUUCUGACAGCUGGAAUUCUGUUUCUGCCGUUAAGCCCAAACCGUAAACUCCUGAGGUUUUUCCACUGCUUGUCGUGAUAUGGCAUGGCAUAGCGCAAUAGUGUGCCCCGGUUAUUGCAAUUGAAAAAAAAAA